GCAGUACCUGCUGUAAUUUACAAACAACAAAAAGGAGGCGCGUCGCUGUUUGGCAACGAACGCUUCGGGACCGCUGUGUGGCGGACUCUGCUCUGAAAAGCAACGAAUUAACAAAAUUAUUACCCACGGACUUAUCAGUCCCAAGUUCAACCGUCGUGUUCCGUACCUUGUCUCGCUGUCUACGUCACGCCGUUCUAGUAGAGCGCCGCACCGCAAGCCCCGGUUGCGCCUUUAUUUCGGACCAAUGGGAAGGCGUUCCUUUAACUGUAGUAUAAAAACCGUCGGCGAUGGUCCGACAAGCUCAAGUUACUCGCGAGGCACGGCAAUUAGAAUUUUGAACGCUCGUUCGGUUUUUAGAGGGAAAUUUGAUCGAUUCCGAUUCGAGGGUGUCGCGGUGAUAGAGUUCUAUCAGCUUAAUCCUCUGAUUAAAGGGUAAUUUUUCGGGAGUUUGGUACGAUGGGUAAAGGUGGAGAUACGUUCAUUUCCGACUCGAGUGCGCAACUUGAAACCGGCAUCAAAAGAAAAACCGCUCCGUCGGCCGCUUUUACUGGUAAAUUGGCCUUUGCUAUUGCGGCGGCAGCGUUGGGUUCAUCAUUUCAACAUGGUUACAACACAGGGGUGCUCAAUAAUCCUCAACAGGUUAUUGAAAGUUGGAUCAAAGGCAGUAUGACGAAUCGAACAGGAAAAAUUCCGACUCAGGAAAAUGUUACAUUCGUAUUCUCUUUGAUGACCUCAGUGUUUUGCAUAGGCGGAAUGAUUGGAGGAGCAACUACAGGACUUGUUGCUGACAAAUUCGGCCGAAAAUUGGGCCUUCUACUCAACAACAUACUGGUAAUUCUCGCUGUUAUCUGCGAAGCCUCGUCCAAAGCCCUGACUUCGUACGAGCUAAUUAUAUUGGGUCGUUUCCUCAUCGGCGUCAAUUCCGGUCUGAACGCCGGCCUGGCGCCCAUGUACUUAGCAGAAAUAUCGCCGAUAAACCUUAGAGGAGCCGUCGGCACCGUGUACCAGCUCGUCAUUACCAUCUCCAUCUUGGUCGCGCAAGUUCUCGGCUUGAAGAAUAUUUUAGGAACCGACGAUUUGUGGAUCACGCUGCUCGCCAUGACGAUCGUUCCGGCCAUCUUCCAGUUGAUAACUCUACCGUUCUGUCCCGAGUCGCCCAAGUUCAUACUCUCGUCGAAGGGCAACGAAAACCAAGCCAGAAAGGCGCUGUCGUGGUUCCGAGGAACGAUGGACGUCCACGAGGAAAUGGACGUGAUGAAAGCCGAAUCCGAGGCGCUCAAACUGAUACCCAAAACCACCGUUAGGGAACUCGUCACGAACAGCACCUUGAGAAUACCUCUGAUCAUUUCUCUUACUGUGAUGAUCGCCCAACAAUUGUCUGGAAUCAACGCCGUCAUGUUCUUUUCGAGCACCAUCUUCGGUAUGGCCGGUCUGACUGGCGACAGCCCCACGUACGCCACCUUGGCCAUGGGCGGAAUCAACGUGAUGAUGACCGUGGUGUCCUUGUUCCUCGUGGAAAGGGCCGGAAGAAAGACAUUGCUGCUUGUUGGUUUUGGUGGAAUGGCUGUUGAUACUCUUCUACUUACCAUUGGAAUGCUCUUUGCUCAUACCGGAUCAACGGCCGGCAUCUUCUGCGUUAUCUUCGUUCUAAUCUUCGUGGUGAUGUUCGCUAUCGGGCCUGGUUCCAUCCCGUGGUUCUUGGUUUCGGAAUUGUUCAACCAAUCGGCGCGUCCCACUGCAACUUCGUUGGCUGUUUGCAUUAACUGGACGGCGAAUUUCAUCGUCGGCUUGGCCUUCUUGCCGUUAAAGGAUUCAAUCGGUUCGUACGUAUUCUUAAUAUUCUUCGUUCUGCAAGUGGUUUUCUUCGUGUUCAUCUACAAGAAAGUGCCGGAGACCAAGAACAAAACGUUGGAGGAAAUCACGGCCAUGUUCAGGCAGCAGUCCUACCAGUAAACUAACCAGUAUAACCAUGUACCUUGUAUAACUUAUAUGCGUGUUGCAUCGUGACUGAUAGAACAGUAUGUAAAUACUUUUAAUGCAAGAGGAAAAAUAGGUGGGUCAAUAGCAACGAACAUUGCGAUGGCGGCAACUGAAACGAGACAAAACCGAAUCCAUGACUUUUCUAAUUUAUGACAAUAAAUUUGAAUUUAUAGUUUGUAGAUAACUUUUCGUUUCGGUUGUCCUCGACGGAUUGAUAAGACUGUUUAACCAAACGUGUAGAAUAUAAAUUACUUAAAUACAAUUAAAUCCUUAAAAUUCUGAAUCAGGAUAAUUAAACAAACUUCAAUCUACUUAAUUAUUGAAGAUUUCUGGGCUGCUUAAUUUCGGGUUGGGGAUAUUUUGGAUGAGCUGUUAGACAGUUGCUGUGUGGCUGUACCUAUUUUGAACAUUCAAAUGGUGAACUCAAUAUUUUAGCUUCAUGUUAGUUGAAUUCGAAAUUAUUUAUUUUUGAUACUUGGUGUGAAUAAUGAGCUCCAGAAGAACUGGACAAUCGAGUUCAUAGCGAAUCUCUCCAGUGAUUCU